GUGCGAAACGUCCGGAACAUACUGUGUGUGUAUAUCGCCGCGCAUAUGCGUUAACCACCCUGUAUAUUGUCUAUGGCAUUACAUAGUGUGUGUAACUCAUUGAGAGAGUGAUAUUUUUAUUUAAGCCAUCAGUUUAUAUAACGCGUACACACAAUACACUACAAAACAUAUAUAUUAUACGUUUUACACACGAGUGUGUUAUUUAGCAAACAGUGGUUUUUUGAUAUAUGCAUGUAUUGUAUGGUUAUGGUAGCCAUACAUGCAAUUUUUUGUAUAACAUAGUCUGUUUUUCUAUUGUUUGUGUUUUUUAUUAUUAACUCACCAAUAUACACUUCACCGUUUGCCAUGUUUAUAUAAUUAAUAUUUAAUAAUAUAAAUAAUAUUACAAUGACUGUAAUAGUGUACUAUGGUGUAAACGUACAUGGUGUAUAAGUGAACAAUAGACACGGUGUAUAUGCAACAAAACAAUUAAUAUUUUAUACCAUCAUUGACUUAAACGCAAAUAUUUUUUUCUACCAACAUCUAUUCAACAUUAUUAAUAUUAGUGACGUUAAAUAACGAACCACCCUGUACCAAUUAGUGUGCACACCACAACCAAAAUUAACCAUGGAUAACACAUUUUACGAGGAAAACCAGGAGAAUAACAUCAAGAUGCUGAAAAAUAAGAUGACCCUGGACUUUAAUUCGCCCACCAGUCACAGCAAAAAGUCCAAACUGAUGAAGACCUGCAUUUUAGAGUCACCAGACCUAAAAAUGUGCAAGCUGGGUUCGCCGGAGUUGGAGCGCAUGAUCAUCCAACACGGUAUGGUCACCACAACGCCCACCCCCUCCGCAGUGUUGCCAUACUUUCUGAAACAGGAGGAACAGGGGGUGACCGAAGAGCAACAGGAGUACGCCCGAGGGUUUGUCGACGCUCUCAAUCAAUUGCACCUUCGCGGCCAACAACCACAACAACAGCAGCGCCGCAACAGCUAUCAUAUGCUUGUGCCGGCACAACCGCCGUCCCAACAAGUGGUGGUGACCACAGCGGCGCAGAUAGCCGUCACCACUGCCGGCACCACCCAUCACCACAACCGCGUCCGGGGGUCCGGCUUUGCCCCCCUAUUCGCAGGCAGUCAGCAAUAA